AUGAAGGUCGAGGCAUCUGAAGAAAAGCAGCAGACCGAUUUGGCUGAGAAGAAUCAUCAGGGGAAUUUACAGCAGCCUGAAGCAUCGGAGAAGCAUGAUCAAGAUCAGGGGUCUAAAGCACCUGAGAAGCCUGAGCAAAACCCUGAAGCUCCUGAAAACCCCGUGCAGGGGUCAAAAACACCUGAGAAGCCUGACCAGGCGUCUAAAGUACCUGAGAAGCGUGAUCACGACUUUGAAGCAGCGAACCCGCCUAAUCAGCAGCCUGAUGCGCCUGUGAAGCCAACUGCACAACUCGAAGCAGCCGAACCUACAGCCGUGGCCGAUACGCCUGCUCAGCAUCCUGAUGCAGCUGAAAUGUCUAAUCAACGGUCGGAUUUGAUCGACAAGCCUACUGCCGAGAAGCCCACGGAGAAACCUGUCACGCGUCCUGAUGCAGCUGGAAAUUAUUCGCAGCAGACGGAAGCUGAUGUUGAACCCGCUCAGCAUGUGGAUGCAGCUGAGCAGACUGCUGAGCAUGCCGAGAAGCCCACUGAGCAGACUGCAGCACCCAAUGCGUCCUCUCAGUCUCCUGAUGCAGCUGGAAAUCAUUCGCAGGAGACGGAAGCUGAUGUUGAACCCUCUCAGCAUGUGGAUGCAGCUGAGCAGACUGCUGAGCAUGCCGAGAAGCCCACUGAGCAGACUGCAGCACCCAAUGCGUCCUCUCAGUCUCCUGAUGCAGCUGGAAAUCAUUCGCAGGAGACGGAAUCUGAUGUUGAACCCUCUCAGCAUGUGAAUGCUGAGCAGACUGCUGAGGAGGCCGACGAGCCUACUGAACAGACUGAAGCACCCAAUGCGUCCUCUCAGUCUCCUGAUGCAACUGCCAAACACACUCAGCAGAUGGAAGUCGUCGGUGAACCCACUCAGCAUGUGGAUGCUGAGCAGAGUACUGAGCAUGCCAAGCCUACUGAGCAGUCUGACGCACCGGACAAGCCCGCUGGGCCUGGCGAGGCUGUUGACACGCUUUUGGAGCAGCCGUUAGCAACUGAGCCCGCUGAGAAGCCUUUAGCAUCUGAGCUUGCUGAGGAACCUGCUGAGAAGCCUUUGGCAGCUGAGCAUACACAGGAGACUGAUGGGGGUGACGCACCAGACACGUCCGUUCCGCAGACUGAUGCGCCUGAGAAGCCCACCCAACUGCCUACCCAUCAGUCGGCUGAACAGCCGACUCAACAGCAGCCUGCGACAGCUGAGCCUCGGCCUGAUGCGACGCCAUCAAGACGAAGGCGAGGCACGGCUGCUCGCGCAGCCCCUGCCACGCCUGUUGUCGCACCGGUGCAAGGGGACAGAGUGGUGGGUGCAGUCGAGGGGCUGUUGCCUGGAGCGCUGCUCACGCCUGGCGGGAGGAGAAUGACUCGGUCCAUGUGGAGGUCUCUUGGACUGAUGCCGGAAGGGGGGAGCGACAGUGACAGGAGCAGCAUGAGCGCUAGUGCGAGUGCUAGUGCUAGUGCAAGUGUGAGUGUGAGUUUGUCGGGGCUGAGGAGAGGGGCGAGGAGAGGGAGAGGGGGGAGGCGGGGCGCUGGGAAGGGGGAUGCUGGGAGCGAGAGCGGGAUGAGCGCGGAAGGGGAGGGGGAAACGGAGGUGGAGAGUAAGGCGAAAGGGGCGGGAGGGGGAGUGGGGGGAGCGGGGGGGGGCGGGAGGAUAAUGGAGGUGGAAGAGGAGGAGCAGGAGGAGGAGGAGGUGCGUAGGGCGAAAGAGAGGGCCAAGGCAAGGGCUGAGGAGGAGAAAGCAAAGGGGAAGGAGAAAGAGAAGGCGAGAAGCCCGAAGGGUGGGCGGAGGGGAGGUGGAAGGGGUAAGCAGGGGAGGGAAAGUGAAGAGGAAGGGAGUGUGGCGGGAGGUGGAGUAGAGGAGGAAAAGGGAGGAGGCGAGGAUGGAGGGGGUGAAGGGGAGACGAGUAAGCGGAAGGGGAAUGAGGCAGGGAGGAAGGAGGGAGGGGUGGAGGAGAGGGUUGAGAGCGUGGGAAUAGAGAGGGAGGGGGGACGGCGAGAGGAGGGGCAGGUGAACGUAUAUGUGCGGAGGAGGAAAAGGGCAGGAGGCAUGGGGGAGGGGCAAGCGACACCAUCAGGAAGCAAUGUUGAUGCUGCCAUGUGCCACGAGACUAGCAACAGUGCUAUGCGCCAAGAGGCGGGGGCGGAGGUCGCUCCUGGGCAAGGGGAGAAAGUGGCUUCUGGGGAACCGGGGGAGGUGGCUCCUGGGGAAGGGGGUGAGGUGCCUCUUGGAGAAGGGGACGGCGAAGGCAAUAGGAAUGCAGGGCAACAGGAGGGUCGUGGAGGGGUGCAAGCGGGGGGGAGGAAGGCGAAGGUUGCAGUUGGGGUGGAGGUGGAAAAGGAGAGGAGUGAGAAAGAGGCGAGGGAGACAGAAGAGAUGGAGAAGGACGGGGCGAUGAGGGAGGAGCUGGAGAGGGAGAGGAGGGAGAAGGAGGCACGAGAAAAAGAAGCGAGUGAGAAAGAGGCAAGGGAAAAGGAGGAAGCGAUGAGGGAGGAGUUGGAGAAGGAGAGGCGGGAGAAGGAGGCGGCGGUGAGAGAGCUGCAGAGGAUGAGGGCGGAGAUGAAGUGGCAGAUGGAGCUGAUGCAGCAGCAGGUGGUGCGCGCCAGAAGGUAUUCGAGCUACAAGAACUCUGUGCGUGCUGCCAUGGCCAUGGCUACCCACCUGCGCCAAACGGCUCGAUCCAAGGUUGCGCGAGCUAAAGCUCUGGCGGAAGCCCGAAGCAGAACCCGGGCAGGUGAAUUUCCUGCAGCUGGGGAACCUGGGGGUCUGGGCAGGAAGAAACGAUCGCCCGGUAAGCAGAGGAAAGGAAUGGAAGCAUCGCCAGUGUCCAAGCAGGGAAGGGUUGGAGAGGAGAGGCAAGGCUGGGAUAUAGUGAUGGAUGAGGGAGAAGAGAAGGGCACGAGGGCGGAUGUGGCAAGGGGAAAGAAGAUUCAGGCGGAAGGGAAGGAGCAGAAGGAAGAUUAUUCUGAGGAGGAGGGGGAAGAGGAAGCAGAGGGGCAGUGGGAAGAAGAGCCGGAGUGGGAGGAUGGGGGAGGGGAGGAGGAACGUGAGGAGGGAGAGGAGGAGGAAGGUGAGGAGGGAGAGGAGGAGGGACCAGAGGAGGGAGAGGAGAGUGAGGAAGGGAUUCCGUUGACGCGCAGUGUGCAGCGAGAGGCAUCGUUCAAAUCGUGGGUGAAAGCCGACUCCAAGUCGUCUGGGGGUACUGCUGCUUACAGUGGAGGGGGGUUGAAAGGAAGUAUACAGGGGAUUGGGUGUGCAGGGCGGGGGGGUGAAGAGGAAGGGGAGGUGGAUCUGAGGCAGGUGAAUCUGGCUGGUGCUCUAGACCGGGCGUGGGAGCAGGAGCAGGGAGAGAAAGAGGAGGGGGAGGAGGAGGCAGGAGAGAAGAGGAGGAAGAAGAAAGGGCGUGGGGGAGUUAAAGCUGGGGAGGAUAAGAGCAGGGGGGGUGAGUGGGCCGGGGAGCAAGGAGGCGAGGUUGGGAGAACGGAAGAAAGGGAAGAUGGAGGAGAGGAGAGGGGAGAGAGCGAUAGUGGGAGUAGUUCAGAGGGAGGUGGGAGUGCGGCGAGCACGAGAGGAUCGUCGGAUUCACCAGGAUCGGACGGUGGAGAGGGGUUUAGCUUUGAUGACGUGGUGACACGUGCUGGGAUAUUAGAGGACGGAGGGGUGAAGCAUUUGGAGAGGGGGGUAAGGGUGGGGGGAGAGGGUGAACCAGCGAGAACGCGUGAGAGAGAUGAUUGUGGUGGGGUGAAUGAGGGUUUAGAUGUGGGGAUUAAGGGGGCUGCUGGUGAUGGGUUGGAAGAAGGAGGGGAGGAGAGGGGUGUGAAGGUGGAGGGAGGCGAUGAGAGAGAGGAGGGGGAGGUGGAUGAAGGGGAAGAGGGAGAAGAAGGAGAGGAGGCAGGUGAGUGGGAGGGAAGGAGGGGAGAUGUGGGAGAGGAGGGAGAGGAAGGAGAGGCUGGUGUGGGUGGAGAGGAGGUAGGUGUGGGAGAGAGGGGAAGAGAGGGGGAGAAAGCUAGCUGUAAGAGGGAGAAAGGGGCCGGUGUGGAGGGAAAGGCGCCUGAUGCUAGGAACGGGGAUGUUAUGACUGGGAUGAAGCGGAAGGGGGGAGGAGAUUUGGAGGAGGUGAAAGUGAAAGGGAGGAAAAGGAAGGCGGAGGAAAAGGGGAAUGCUGAAAUAAAAUCUUGCACUUCGUGUUUUUGCUGCCGUUUACGCUCCAAUUCAUUCCAUCCUUCUCACGUCCCAUUUCUCCACUCCAUCCUUUCCUCCAUUUUCCUGCUCCCUCCCUCCCUCCCUCCCUCCCUCCCUCCCUCCCUCCCUCCCUCCCUCCCUCCCUCCCUCCCUCCCUCCCUCCCUCCCUCCCUCCCUCCCGCCCUCCCUCCCUCCCGCCCUCCCUCCCUCCCUCCCUCCCUCCCUCCCUCCCUCCCUCCCUCCCUCCCUCCCUCCCUCCCUCCCUCCCUCCCUCCCUCCCUCCCUCUCUCCCUCCCUCCCUCCUCGCCCACCAUCCUUUUCUGUUCUUGUUUACUCACCCCAUCCCUCCCUCCUCGCCCACCAGAGCCCAGCGGCAUCCAGCUAUUCCAUGUUCGUGCAAGCCAUGGCGUCCCUCCAGCCCCCCAUGGACUAUCGGCCUCGGAUUACUCCAUGUUCGUGCAAGCCAUGGCACCCCUUCAGCCCCCCAUGGACUAUGCUGCUUUCCUCAACGCACCUCAACACGGCAUUCGAUAUUCCAUCCUGCUUCUGUACUUUCCACAACAUUCCACCAGAGCCCAGCCGCCUCGGACUAUUCCGUGUUUGUGCAAGCCAUGGUGUCCCUCCAACCCCCCAUGGACUGCUGUUUUCCUCAACGGGGGGGGUCUGUCAUGGCAUCAUAUCUCUUCCUUUCCCCACGCCCAUCCGCCCUCCCUCUCCCACCAGAGCCCAGCCGCCUCAGACUAUUCCAUGUUCGUGCAAGCCAUGGCGUCCCUCCAGCCCCCCAUGGACUAUGUCGCUUUCCUCAACGGGGCGGUGGGCAUGGCCAAUGGCAUCACCAUCCUCGCACCCUCCAAUGCCGCCUUCCAGGUGAUCAAGUGCACGGCAGGCAUCUCCUUGGCACGACCUACGUCGUCGCCGCCCUCCCCUCCCUCCGCCGUGAUUGCGCCCUCCUCGCCUGCGGAUCCCACCGCCGCGAGUGCAUCACCGCCCCCCGUCGCCGCGACACACCGUCGCUGCCCCCCCCCCCCCCCCCCCCCCUCCCCCUUUUUUCCGCCGCCGCGCCUUCUCUGGCGCCGCCUGCACAUCCCGCCGCGACGCCUCGUCGCCGCCUCCUCCUCCCCCUGCCGCGACCCCCCGUCGCCGUCUCCCUCCCGCCGCCGCGCCUACUUCGGCGUCGUCCGCGCAUCCUUCCGCCGCGACGCCCCGUCGUCGCCUGCCCCUCCCGCUGCCGCGACGUCGCGUCGCCGCCUCCCCCCACCGCCGCCGCGCCUUCCUCGGCGCCGCCUGCGCAUCCCGCCGCCGCGACGCCCCGUCGUCGCCUCCUGUCCCGCCGCCGCGACUUCGCGUCGCCGCCUGCACUCCCCAUCGCCGCGACCCCCCGUCGCCGCCUACGCAUCCCGCCGCCGCGACCCGCUCGUCGCCGCCUGCACGAUCCGCCGCCGCGACUUCGCGUCGCCGCCUGCACGACCCGCCGCCGCGACUUCGCGUCGCCGCCUGCACGACCCGCCGCCGCGACUUCGCGUCGCCGCCUGCGCAUCCCGCCGCCGCGACCUUCUCGUCGCCGCCUGCACCCCUUGCCGCCGCGACCUUCUCGUCGCCGCCUGCACCCCUUAUCGCCGCGACCUAACAAUCGCCGCCCCCGCAUCCUACCGCCGCGACCUGCUCGUCGCCGCCCGCGCAUCCCGCCGCCGCGCCUUCCUCGUCGCCGCCCGCGCAUCCCACCGCCGCGCCUUCCCCGUCGCCGCCCGCGCAUCCCUCCGCCGCGCCCUCCUCGUCGCCGCUCGCUCAUUCCGCCGCCACGAUUCCCUCGUCGCCACCCGCGCAUCCCGCCGCCGACCGUUCCUCGUAGCAGCCGCCUCAUCCCGCAGCAGCAGCGUCAUUGGCAGCAACAGCUUCGCCCACAGCUACACCUGCCAGCAGCAGCGGCAGCAGCGGCAGCAGCGGCAGCAGCGCCAGCAGCGGCAGCAGCGGCAGCAGCGGCAGCAGCGGCAGCAGCGGCAGCAGCAGCAGCAGCCGGAGAAGAACUCCACUCCCCGCAGCAGCACCCCCCCCCCCCUCCUCCCUCUCGGCUGCCGCGGGUCCACCCGCCGUCGCCCUCCCACUUGA